UAAUUGGUUAUAGAAAAGGGUAAAAGGAUUAGCUUUUAGCCUGAGAAAAAUGCCAUUGUGUAGAAUAAUUAUUGACUUUUAGCAUGGACCACAACCAAUAUUUCGUCAGCUGUUAUGAAAAAGUCAAUAAUCCCUAACAAAACAAAUCGUGCUACAACAAUUCCCAUAGUUAAUUAUUGAUUUCUGUUGACAAAGAUAAAAUUAAAUCCUCUAGCAAAGGGAGAAGUUUUAUAAUGCAUUUGUUGUUUUGACGUAAAGUAUUUCAUUGUUAAUCAAAGUGUGCCAAGCCAGAACAAGUUAAGAAACUGUUUAGAUUACACAUGUAAAAGAAUAUUAAAUGUCGUCGGUAUCAGAUGACGACAUAGACAAAAGAGGAGCUGGUUCGAUUGUCGACUUCAUUAAACUAGGUGCUGAAGAUAAUGGCCAUUCCUAUGAUGCGUCCGUUCUAAUGAAUACUUCAGAUGGAUUUCAUUGUGCUGAUUACCGUUUGGAUCAAUAUGCUGUGGAUGUAGCUGACUUUAGCUCUCAGUAUGGCAGUGAUUAUAGUAUUUCCUAUACUGCUACCAAUAUUACGGGAAAACCACGAAAGUAUCCAGAAUACGGUGACUUUCCGGAAACAUACGCUAUGCGAACAUAUGGAGAUUGGUGGGAAAAAGCUCCGAGUUCUGUUCACGAGAUUCAGCCACAAAAUAUUCCAAAAAUACCUGCUCAAGAUUAUAUAGUUAUUUAUUUUGAGGAAUAUGUCGUUCCGGAAGAGAUUGCUAUAUUUGAAACUUUCAAUCCUGGAGCUUUGAUUCGAAUCUGGGCAUAUACCAUAACAAAAAGCUGGAUUUGUUUAUGGGAAACUGAGAAAUUAUGCAUACCACCACUUCAGGCCAUCAACAAAGCCCGCCGCUUUUCCCCACAGUUAAAAAAAGGGAACUUACCUACGAGAACUAUUCGCCUUGAAUUUAAUCAUUCACUACUACACUAUUUUACGGAAAUUGAUGCAGUUUUACUUAGGGGUAGGAAGGUGAAUAUUGAGAGCAUUCAACGAAUUUUGGAUUGCUACAAAAGUCAUCAAAAAUGUUCCAUAUUACGAAAGUUACAACAAAUUCAUUUUCGACCAAAUAUCAAAGGAAACUAUCAUAAUCAUUUGAGGGAGUUUUUUACGAACGAUUUAAAUGAAUUCAUUACCGUUUUAAACCGAAAUACGGAAGUUGUGAAAAGCGAUGUAACGGCCGAAUAUAGUUGUAAAAAUAUUGGUUUCAAGGAUAUGCCGUUUGAAAUUAUUUUGAAAAUAUUCAGCUAUUUGGAUUUGAAAUCGUUAUUUCUAGUAGGACAAGUUUCCAAGUCAUUUUAUGAUGUAUCUACACACCCUUUGCUGUAUAGUGAAGUAAAUUUAAAACCUUAUUGGCAUCUUGCAUCAAGCGAUAUGUUAUGUACUUUGGCAAAGAGAGCAACAGUGUUAAAGAAAUUGGAUUUGUCAUGGUGCGGGUUAUUCAAUACAAUUUCUCCUACAGAGUUUAAGAAAUUUAUACAACAGCGGGGAGACAAUCUAAUGUGCUUACGAUUAGAUUCUUGUAAAAUUUUAAACGCAAGCUGUAUUGAAACAUUAGGAAUUGUGUGCGAUAACUUAAAAGAGCUUUCACUGCGAAAUUGCUCCACAGAUCCACCCUUGCUUAAUUUUUCAUGCUUGGCGAAUCUGAAGAAUCUUGAAAGAUUAGAUCUCUUUCAAACGGUAAUUGAACCAGAGCUGAUGUUAACCAUGUUGGAAAACAAUCGAAAAUUGAAACAUCUAAAUUUAGCAUAUUGCGGUAUAGCUGUUAACAUGGAUACUGUAGCUCAUCAUAUAGGACAAUACAAUCAAGGUUUGAUCUCUUUGGAUUUGUGGAAAUCACGUUUUCUAUCGGCUGCUGGUUUGGAGGCCUUAUCGAAAUGCACUGAGUUAGAGGAAGUUGAUUUUGGUUGGUGUUUACGAGAAGUAUCACUAGGCGACAGUUUAAAAAAAUUACUAUUAAAUUGUACUAAACUAAAAAAACUCUUUUUGGCUACUGUCCGUGGAAUUACGGAUCGAGAUGUGGAGAAUAUAGCAAACUUUUGUAGCAAUUUAGAACAAUUGGAUCUGAUGGGGGUUUCAGGGAUAACAAAAGACCGUUAUUAUGAAAUUUUAGUGAAAUGUAGAAAACUACAACUCCUCGAUUUAAGCUUCUGUGAUAAUAUCAACAGUGAAGAGAUUGCAUUUUGGUCUCGAACUUUUCAAGUUAAUAUAAAAUGUAGUCACUUUCCAGACGUGCCUAACGAUAUAAGAUAUUAAUUUAAAAUUUAUUCAGUGCAUGUUUUUAAAAGAACUGGAUUUAAUAAAUGUUGAAUAUAUUUACAUA